CCCGGCUGCUGCUCCUACUGCCGCCGCCGCUGCAUUGUGGGAAGCGGGCGCCUGAGCCGCCUCACUCACUCCCUCACUCCCUCCUGCCUGCCUCCGCCGCGGCCUUCGCCAUCGCCAUGGGCGCCGUCACCGACGAUGAAGUUAUUCGCAAGCGACUUUUGAUUGACGGAGAUGGUGCUGGUGAUGACAGACGAAUUAAUUUGUUGGUGAAGAGUUUCAUCAAGUGGUGCAAUUCUGGAUCCCAGGAAGAAGGUUACACUCAGUACCAACGUAUGCUGAGCACCCUGUCACAAUGUGAAUUUUCAAUGGGGAAAACCUUGCUUGUUUAUGAUAUGAAUCUGAGAGAAAUGGAGAACUAUGAAAAAAUCUACAAAGAUAUAGAAAAUAACAUAGAGGCAGCACACGAGAAGAUUGCCGAAUGUAAAAAGCAGAUUCUUCAGGCAAAGAGAAUACGAAAAAAUCGCCAAGAAUAUGAUGCUUUGGCUAAAGUAAUACAGCACCAUCCAGAUAGGCAUGAAACUCUGAAGCAGUUAGAGGCACUGGGGAAAGAGCUGCAACAUCUUUCACAUAUCAAAGAAAAUGUUGAAGACAAACUGGAACUGAGACGGAAGCAGUUUCAUGUUCUUUUAAGCACCAUCCAUGAACUUCAGCAAACACUGGAAAAUGACGAGAAGCUUUCCGAAGCAGAAGAAUCCUCAGAUACUCCAAUUGAAGUAGAAGAUAAAAAAUAAUGACCCUCAACGCAGCUCAGAACUUAGAUUUCCCUGGGUUGUUGUAUGGAAGGAAGGGGGGGGGGGGGGGGAAAGCUGAUGCCAAAUUAGGAAGGUCUAAAUUUGUUUAGUUUAUUUUAGUUUUAGUUUUUGUUGCAAAAACAAAAGCAUGCAUCAGUUCGAAUGAUGUUUGACAUACCUUAAUAUUUGACAUAUUAAGAUACCUUUUUAUACUGUAAUUAGAAUUUCAGAAUAAAGUAGUUCAGUCUUAGAUUCACAAUGUAUGGUAGUAUUUGUGUUGUAGAACUGGCUAUUCCAGUGUGUUUUUAGAGUGGUACUAAUAAAAUAACUCUUGUUUUCUGAA